CGAAUCAUCUCAAAUGUAACCGAAGCGCAAUAUGUAAAACAUGACCCCUAACCCCCUGCUGUUGUUCUCCUCCUGUGUGUUUCAGGAAGUGAACACCAAGUUCUGUGGCAGCGGUUCUGUUGCUAACCUGGCGGAUCACCUGAAGCCCAGAUACCACUUCGCUGCUCUGGAGGGGGCUCACUACGAGAGGCUGCCCUACAGGAAUCACGUUGUUCUGCAGGAGAACGCUCAGCACGUCAGCCGCUUCAUCGCCUUGGCCAGCGUCAACAACCCCGCCAAGAAGAAG